AAAUGUUUUAGACCACUUAUAUAAUUUUAGAAAAACGUAUACUUGACUUCAAUAAUAUCUAAAUAACAAAAACAAGUAGAGUGUUGUGUGAACACAAUUGCACAAGACACCCAAAUGAAAAUCUCAAGAUUGUGUUCUGGUUUCACCUCCCAACUUGCAAGAUUGUCCUACAGAAACUACAGUUCCUUCCUCACUCAUGGUAUCCAUGUCUUUCAGUGCCCUGAUGAAAUUGGAAUUGUAGCAAAACUAUCAGAUUGUAUUGCUUCUAAGGGUGGUAACAUUCUUGCUGCUGAUGUUUUUGUACCUCAAAACAAAGGACUCUUCUACUCUAGAACUGAUUUUGUUUUUGAUCAUGUUAAAUGGCCUCGGUUACAAAUGGAAGAUGAUUUCUUAAAGCUUUCUAAAACAUUUAAUGCUGUGAGAUCUAUUUUAAGAGUCCCAGCUCUUGAUCCUAAAUAUAAAGUUGCUGUUCUUGCAUCAAACCAGGAUCACUGUCUGAUUGAUUCAUUACAUGGAUGGCAAGAUGGAAGAUUACCAGUGGAUAUAACUUGUGUAAUUAGUAACCACGAUAGAGGUCCAGAAAGCGAAGUGAAGCGCUUCCUCGCAAGGCAUAAUAUUCCUUAUCAUUAUUUAAGAACAACAGAGAAUAAAAGAGAUGAGGAGAUCUUAAAGCUGGUUCAAAAUACUGAUUUUUUAGUACUUGCAAGGUAUAUGCAGAUACUAUCAAGCACUUUUUUAAGAGACUAUGGGAAGGAUAUAAUUAACAUUCACCAUUGUUUGUUGCCAUCAUUUAGAGGUGGAAAUCCAUGUAAACAGGCCUAUGAUGCAGGUGUGAAAUUAAUUGGUGCAACAAGUCAUUUUGUGACUGAAGGAGUUAAUGACGGACCUAUUAUUGAACAAAUGGUUGAAAGAGUUUCUCAUAGAGAUGACUUGCAGAGCUUUGUGCAGAAAUCAGAAAACCUCGAGAAACAAUGUCUGUCGAUGGCUAUCAGAUCUUAUUGCGAGCUUCGAGUAUUACCGUAUGAAGAAAUGAGUACCGUUGUAUUUUGAGGACAAACAUCAAAACUAUAUAUAAUGUAACAAUGUAACAAAGUCUGUAAUUCUUCAAUCUCAUUACUCAUUUUGUGUCUUUCUUUUUUGGUAUAAUAUAACAACAUUGUUAUGACUUAUGAGUUUCAUUGUUUGGCAAAA